GGGACACACCAGGACCCUCCCCGGGACACAGCGGGACACGCCGGGACCCCCGGGAUCGCCCCCGGGACACACCGAGACCCAGCGGGACUCCCUCCGGGACCCUCCGGAGCCGCGGGCCAUGAGCGCCCCGGAGGCUCCGGGCCGCGGGCUGCAGUUCGCCGAGACCCAGCUGAGGCGGCACGGCUGGCGCCGAGGGCAGGGGCUGGGCAGGCGGGAGGACGGCAUCGCCCAGGCCAUCCGGGUGAAGGUGAAGUGCGACACGGCGGGGGUGGGACACGACGCGGCCGAGCCCUUCACCUUCCACUGGUGGGACCACGUCUUCAACAAGGCGGCGGCCAACAUCGCUGUGGAGGCCGGCCAGGAUGGCAUCUCUGUGAAGGCACUUUCUGAGCAGGGAGGCAGCAUCAGCAACAAGAAGCCACGCAAGGCCGGCAGCAGCGGGAGCCUGCUGUACGGCCGCUUCGUGAAGUCAGCCACGCUCACAGCCCGUGGGGAGGAGGCUGUGACAGCCAGCUCUGAGAGCAGCCAGGAGGAGGAGGAGAAGUUGGACCUCUCUUCGGUCAGGAGGCUGACGGACGAGGAGCUGGUGCAGGCGUGCGGCGGCCGCACGGCACACAAGGGUGCCCGUCAUGGCCUGACCAUGAGUGCCAAGCUGGCGCGCCUGGAGGAGCAGGAGAGAGCCUUCCUGGCCACGUACCGGCAACGGGAGCAGCAGCAGGAGCCCCCCGAGAGCAGCCAGGGCAAAAAGAAGAAAAGGAAACGGUCCAGGGAUGGAGCUGAGGUGCCACAGAGCCAGGAAGCAAACACAGAACAGGAGGAGGUGUUGGAAGAAGAAAAGGUUGUGAAGAAGAAGAAGAAAAAGAAGCAGGGGCCAAGCAGAGAAGAGGAGCUGGCAGGAGAGGAGGAGGUCGUGAGGAAGAAGAAGAAGAAGGUGGUGACAGAGCCAUGUGGAGAAGAGGUAUCAGGAGAGGAGGGGAAGGUCAUGAAGAGGAGGAAGAAGCCAGAGGUAAGCAUAGAAGAGGAGGUGGUGGAAGAGGAUGGGAAGGCUGCAAAGAGGAGAAAGAAGAAAAAGAAGAAGAAGCAGGAAGAGGAGGAUAAAGAAGAACCAGCUGAAACAGAUGUACCUCUACAAGAGACAGAUGAGCCAAACUUGGGACACAGCCCUACAAAGAAGAGGAGGAAGAAGAAGAGGAAGAGGGAGCCGGAGUGAGCCAGUGACAUGGCUGCCAGGCUGUGCAGCUGCCAGCCCCACCUGGCUGUGAGGGUCCUGAUCCUGGUGCUGCUGGGUGCCACGGGCUGCUCUGAGCUCGUUCCAGAUGGAGCCCAGCACUGUGGCCCAGCUGCCUGGGGAG